AUGCCUGGAUUUCAAAAUACAGUCGAUGAACAGGAGGGUACAAGUGUUCGCCUGAUCUUGAUGUGUCAGUACGCUAGUAUUUGUAGAGGCGAACAGUCUAUCUUUGGCAGGCUUCGAGCCGCUGGCAUUGAGCCGGAAGACUACAUCGCCUUCUACUCGCUUCGUCAAUGGGGAGUCAUGAGUAACGAUGUCCUUGUCACCGAGCAACUCUACAUCCAUGCCAAGACAAUUAUCGUUGACGACCGCGUCGCCCUUAUCGGCUCCGCCAAUAUCAAUGAACGAUCAAUGCUUGGCAGUCGUGAUUCGGAGUGUGCUGCGAUCGUUCGAGAUACUGAUAUGAUCAACUCGACAAUGGCUGGAAGACCGUACCAAGUUGGCCGCUUUGCUCACACACUCCGACUCCGACUGAUGCGAGAACAUCUCGGCCUCGACGUUGACGAAAUACUUGAGCAAGAGCGCCAGGCAGAGCUUGACCGUCAAGAUUUCGAGAAAGAGAUGGAGGAUAUAUAUAACGAAGAGAAUGGUGGUCCUGCCGAUUCCUCAAAGCUUUCACCGAAACGCCCCGAUCACCUACGCAUUCCAAGUAUUAACCAUGAUCUAGAUGCUGCAGUUGAGAUUGAAGACGACAGCAGCAGUAGCAGCAGCAGCAGUAGCGACAGUAAUGCAGAAGUGGAUAGUACUGUCAUCAAUCAAGCAGAGGAUAAGGUGAAGCAUGAGCUGGACGUUACCGGUUAUGGGCCUGACCGUUGGAAGACUGCCGAGAAAUCUGGCCUUGAUGCCGGCCGCGAUUCUGUUAUCAUCAACGGACGUGAAGUCCUUGUUAGCAACAUCAGCAAUGAAGGCAAGGGAACACUGCAAUCACCCAAGGAAACACAGUCACAUAUUCCCCAGCCCGAUAAUCGAUAUCUGGACUUAGGAAACCACAACGACAGCCUCCCCCCCGUGCCAGCUCUAAAUCGUCGCACUACGGAUCAACUUGGCCUGCCCCGUCCCGCACAGCUGCCGUCUUUGCCGAUAAGCGACGAUACUGACAUUGGCGGUCCUCCACUACAUCUCGAUCCCGAAACGGGAAAACCGGUUAAUGGUGUUUUCCAUCCGAUGGCCGCAGAUAUUCAUUUAGCACACAUUGACAAGGACUGUAUGGUAGAUCCAGUCAACCCCAACUUUAUUGACGAAAUUUGGAACCGAGCUGCUCAAAACAACACGAAGCUCUAUCGCCGAGUGUUCCGUUGCAUGCCGGAUUCCGAAGUGAGCACUUGGGCAGAAUAUCGAGAGUACACGACCUACGGCGAGAGGUUCCGGGCAAGCAUGGAAGGUGGCCGAUCAAGAGGUGAAGACUCGGAAUUCCCUCCAUCCUCGAGACAUCGUGGAUCCACUGCGGGUGGUGCUGGUGUUAGUGCACCAGGACCAGAGGUGAUGGCUAAGGCCGUUGAAACUGAAGCGGAGAAGGCAGUCGGAAGAAUGGCCGAGAAGCUCCCUCUUGGCCACCAUGAGGAGGAUAGAAUCAAAAUCGUCAUUCCUGACGAGAGCCAGCGUGAUGCUGAUGAAAAACAAGCAAUGAAAGACGGCGAGGCUAUAUCAUCACGACCCACCACUGGGCUGGGGAAUGAGAAUGGUCCCGAUGCACAUCAACAUACAGAGGCACCAUCUCCAGUCUACUCGCCCGGAGACACCCCAUUCCCUGCCUUCGAUGGAGGCAGUAGUGGAAGAUACCUUGACCCGCAGACAGGUACCAAGGACAGAGAGAGGCGCACUACUUUUUCGACGCUUGAGAAACCAUCCUCAAGAGAUACUAAUGCCCCUCCACCGGGGCAGUUUGGCUCAGUGAAACGCAGACGCCGUGCAACUACUAAGAAUAGCCGACGCGGUUUUAGUAUUGACGACAUGCCAUCACGGGGGCAGGCUGAAGAGCUUUUAAAUAUGGUCCAGGGCACUAUCGUGCAGUUCCCUUAUGAUUGGCUCCUUACGGAAGAGCAAAACGGGAACUGGGGUUACCAAGUCGAUGGCGUUGCCCCCUUGGCAAUUUACAACUAG